CAGAAAGACAGUUGGUGACACUGAAAACUUGAGAUUUUAACUGACAAACGGUUUAAAUGUUUGAAGUUUGAAUUCUGGCGUUUAUUUGUUUUAAAAUAUAUGUAUUUAAUUAUUAAAAGUAUAAAAUAGUAUGACAAGAUAUUAGAAUACUGAAACCAAUCAUGCCUAACUCAGAUGCGUAUCAGAAAAGUUAUACACCUAGAAGACGUGCGAUAGUAAACUCUUCAUCACAGAAUGAAUAUUCAACUCCAAAAUCAGUGAAAAGACUUCAAGUGUCUGUAGAAACUCCUGAGUGUUUCACUAAAGUAUUACUGGAAACCCCUAAAGUCAAAGCUAAAACUAGUAAAGAUAAAUGCGAUGAAGUAUCAAACCUAAGAGUUGCUGUAAGAAUUAGACCGAUGAAUUCAACUGAAUUAGCAACAACGGACGUUGAAGAUGUCGUUAGAAUUAAAAAUAACGACUUAGUUAUUUGUGCACCCAAAAAUUAUCACGGCAUUACCACGGACCAUAUUUUUCAAUAUGAUCAUGUUUUUUGGUCAAUUCAUGAAAAGGAUUCACUGUAUAGUUCACAGGAAGAUGUAUUUUUGACAAUUGGCGUACCUCUUUUAAACAGCGCAUUUCGUGGAUUUAAUGCAUGUCUUUUUGCAUAUGGACAAACCGGCUCAGGAAAAAGUUACAGCAUGAUGGGUGAUAUUAAUUCAGAAGAAUACUCUGGUAUCACACCUAGAUUUUGUAGAGAACUAUUUAAACGAGUGUCCGAAAUCGAUAAAGAUUGUGUCGUAAAUGUUGAAGUAAGUUAUUUUGAAAUAUAUAAUGAAAAAAUUCACGACUUGCUUUCUGAAGAAAAUUCCUCUCGUGUUCCUUUAAAAGUCAGAGAACAUCCAGUUUUGGGCCCAUACAUUGUAGAUCUAACUACUCACACUGUAAAAUCAUACGAGGAAUUGCGUAACUAUUUGUAUAAAGGGAAUAAGAAUCGAGCAACUGCUGCUACCUCAAUGAAUGAUUUUUCUUCAAGAUCUCAUAGCAUUUUUUGUAUAGAACUUGGCCAGUGUAAAGGAUUGGACGAUACAGACAAUAGCAGAAGAAGUAAAGUUAGUUUAGUAGAUUUAGCAGGCAGUGAAAGACUAGGAUCAUCAUUCAAUAAUGAAGAAAAAAUGAAACAAGGUGUUUAUAUAAAUAAAUCUUUGUUGACAUUAGGAAAAUGCAUUUCUGCAUUAUCAGAUCAAAGGAAAGGGCAAUUUGUGCCUUACAGAGAAUCUGUAUUAACUUGGUUACUGCGUGAAAGUUUAGGUGGAAAUUCCUUAACGUCAAUGUUGGCUACUAUUUCUCCUGCAAGUACACAUUUAGAUGAGACACUAGCAACUCUACGCUAUGCAUGCCAGGCAAGAUCAAUAGUAAACAGAGCAAGAAUAAAUGAAAGCCCCCAUGACCGUAUGAUAAGAGAAUUAAGAUCAGAGGUGGAAAGACUCAAGGCAUUAAGGCAAAAUUACGAAAGGCAUUCUGUCUCACGUUCUUCCAGUUUUAAUGAGAGUAACAGUCAAGAGUUAGAUGAUGUUAAAAGUAAACUGGCUCAAACAGAGACUAAAUUAAAUGAGGCUCAGAAAAUGUGGGAAGAAAGGUUUAUGGAAACAAGGAAGAUGCAAAUGAAAGAGCUAGCCGAGGCAGAGAAACAUAAAGCUGAGUUAGAAUCGAAAGUGAGAAUUCUAAAUAGUGUUAAUGAUGAGAUUUCAUUAUCCCCAUUCAGGACAAACUUUUUAGAAGAGCUUGAACAAAUUUUAACUGGUGACAAAGAGAAUAUUUGUGAAAAUGACUCGUUAGAAAUUAUUAAAAAUUGGUGUGCUGAAAAAGGAUACGUUUGGACUUUUACAGGGGAAGAUAUUACAAUAAGAGAUUUAAUUCAAAAACGCCAAACGAGUUUGUGUCUCAAAAAUAUAUCUAGAAUAGACUUAGAGAACAGUACAUCAUUUUUAGAUAAUUUGAAAUGGAUUGAGAUAGUUGAUAUAGAAAAAAAACUAACCAAGGCCGAAAUUACGACAACCAUGAAUGAAAUAUAUAAACUAUUAUCAAAUCUCAGGCCAUCAGACAAUGAGAACCAUAUAAAUCUUUUAUACGCUAGAAUAAAUAAAUUGUUGCAAAGUUUCGAAACUGCUCUGUUAGGUACAGUGAAGAAUACAAAAACAGUUAAAUGGGCACCAUGACACUAAAUUUAUUUUUGACAGGAGGAAGUGCCAUAAAUACUUAAGAGAAUCUUGCCUAGUCGUUUCAUAACUUAUUGAAUUUUACUAUUUUCUACUUAUUUUUGACGUAUACAAUGUUUUACUGUAUAUUUAGUUUUUAUGUGAUGAUGUUUUUUAACUGCUAAAAAUGUUAAGAGAGUCAAGUGGAUUGAUAUUUUGAAUUUUUGUCAGAUACAGCAUAUACAGGGUGUGCCAAAUGCUUGCAACAAAUGGGAAGGUUUUUUUAUUGAUAAAAAACAGAAUUUGUUCGGCAUGUCAAAAAACAAAAAGAGGAUAUCUUGACAUGUCAUGCGAUAACUGUCAUGGCAGAUUACAAAAAUUCUGCAGUGGGAUUCUGUAACAGCGCUUUUAGAUGGAGCGGACCGUACGUGCGGAUGUGUUUUCAAUAUAGCUCAUCCGGACGGAGCAUACGCGACCAAUGUGAAAUCGUUCAUAUAAACUCAUGGUACUUGCUCGAAGUCGCGGACGCUCUCCAUAGCAAGAAAUUGCUUACCUAGCCUAUGUUAUUUGUAUACGAUUGAUGAGUCAGUAGACAGGAAAUAUGUUUACAAAAUCGCACUGCUGUUCACUAAUG